AGAACUCUGUGUCCACACAUCUCCCAAAACUCCAGCGAUGACACACAAAGCCAUCGCAUUUUCAAGGUUUUCUCUCUUCCUGCUCAUCAUCUUCUCCACAUGUUUUUCCUUUGCAAGCUCAGACGUUUUGCGCAGAGGCUCUUCUCUAUCGGUUGAGGAACGUGACUCCGACACUCUCACUUCCCCGGAUAACACCUUCACAUGCGGCUUCUACGGCCUUGGAGGCAAUGCUUACUGGUUCUCGGUCUGGUUCACCAACUCCUCGGACAGGACCGUCGUUUGGACGGCCAACCGGGACAAGCCCGUGAAUGGCCAAGGCUCGAAGGUCACACUCCGGGGCACCGGCUCGUUUGUCCUGACCGACGUGGACGGUUCCGUGGUUUGGGAGACCAACACGACUUCUACCGAUGCCCGUUCGCUCGAGCUCUUGGAUUCGGGUAAUCUCGUGCUGAGAAGUCCUGAUAGGACAGUUCUAUGGCAAAGCUUUGAGUAUCCAACUGAUACUCUGUUGCCAAACCAGCUCCUCACCAAGGGCAAGAAAUUGGUGUCGUCUCUACAAGCAGGAGCAUUUUACUCUGGCUACUUCAAUCUCUACUUCGACAGUGACAAUGUGCUGAGGUUGAUGUACGACGGACCGGACGUAUCCAGUCUCUACUGGCCGAACCCCGACUUAGACGUGUUCCCGAAUGGGAGAACAAAUUACAACAGUAGCCGGAUUGCAGUCCUAGACGAGACGGGCCAUUUUCAAUCGAGCGACCAGUUUCAAUUCAAUGCUUCCGACCGAGGCCGCGGGAUCAAAAGGCGGCUGACAAUGGACCACGACGGGAACCUGAGGCUCUACAGCUUGGACACGCAGUCUGGAUCGUGGGUGGUGACAUGGCAGGCGCUUCUGGGAUUGUGCAAUGUGCACGGAUUAUGUGGGAAGAAUGGGAUUUGUGUGUACACACCUGAGCCCAAGUGCACAUGCCCCCCUGGUUAUGAGAUGAGCGAGCCUAGUGACUGGUACAAGGGUUGCAAGCCCAAGUUCAAUUUCACUUGCUCCACGUCUCAGGACGUGAAGUUCUUGGCACUCCCCAACACGGACUAUUAUGGGUUCGACGCCAUCUACAACAACAACGCCUCGUUCAAUUUCUGCAGGCAGGCCUGUUUGGACGACUGCAGCUGCUUGGGGUUCAGCUACCGGGAAUCGCAAAGAUGGUGUUUCGGGAAGAGCUUGCUCUUCAGCGGCUACAAGGCCCCAGCUUUUCCCGGAACUUUACAUCUGAAACUGCCCAUCUCCAUGGUGGCAUCCUCGGAUCAGAUUCACAAUGGCAGCGAUCCCGAUUGCCCCGUUGCCGGAGACCAAUUAAUGGUAGGUUCGUCAACCACGUAUGACACUAUAGGCAAGAGGGUGAGAUGGACCUACCUCUACUGGUUCGCAUCUGCGAUUGGGGCGGCCGAGAUCCUUAUCUUUUUCACGGGCUGGUGGAUUCUCUUUGGAAAGCGAGAUGUGCAGAGCAUAGUGGAAGACGGAUACCGCGCGAUCACGAGCCAGUUCAGGAGGUUCAGCUAUGAGGAACUCAAAAACGCGACCCAGAACUUCAAGAAAGAGAUAGGGAGAGGAGCGUCAGGAUCAGUGUACAAGGGCGUUUUAGCGGACGAAAGGGUCGUGGCCGUGAAGAGACUCGGAGACGUGUCCCAUGAGGAGGAGGUCUUCUGGGCUGAAGUCAGUACAAUUGGGAAGAUAAAUCACAUGAACCUGGUGAGGAUGUGGGGGUUCUGUGGUGAGGGCAAGCACAAGCUCUUGGUCUACGAGUACGUGGAGAAUCAGUCCCUGGACAAGCACUUGUUCUCGGGGGACUUCAUCGAGUGGAGGGAUCGGUUCAGGAUCGCGCUCGGCACUGCCAAAGGCCUGGCCUACCUGCACCACGAGUGCCUCGAGUGGGUCAUCCACUGCGACGUGAAGCCGGAGAACAUCCUCCUGGACAAGACGUUCGAGCCCAAGAUCGCAGACUUUGGGCUGGCGAAACUGCUCCAGAGGGACGGCGGGAAUUCGCAGUUCUCGCGUAUAAGGGGCACGAAGGGCUACAUGGCGCCCGAGUGGGCACUGAACCUCCCGAUCACGGCGAAGGUCGACGUGUACAGUUAUGGGGUGAUGGUCCUGGAGAUAGUGAGGGGGAUUCGGCUCUCAAAUUGGGUCGCGAAGAAAGCGGAGAACGAGGAGCAGGAGGCCGAGCUGACGGCCUUCAUCCGGGAGAUGAAGAGGAGGAUUCAACGUGGAGAGGAUCUAGGGAUAGAGGAUUUGGUGGACAAGAGAUUGGAAGGGCAAUACAGCAGGAAGCAAGCAAGAAUGCUCGUCGAGAUUGGCGUGUCGUGUGUGGAGGAGGACCGGAACAAGAGACCGACCAUGGAUUCAGUAGUGAACCAGCUGCUAGAACUUGAUGAUGAACCUAACUUUCCUAUGUCCAGAUAAUGAAGAUUAAGCCCUCUUGCUGAUGGCUUUCGGUAUCGCGGAAUAUCAAUUUCCAAUUUUUUCGUCUUUUUGUUUUGCGUAGAGGGAUUGUACCAUGCUAAUGCUGUAUGCGAAGUUCAUUUCAUUCCGUUUCUAUUUGAAAAUGGGGAGGAGAUUAUUCAUCGUGACA